UCUUUUUUCACCUCUCUCCCUCUCUCUCCCCUUCUCUGUUUCAUCUGCUCCGGAUUCAGAGAAAGGAACAAGAGAGAAGUCGGAGAAAGGAGUGAUUUGAGGGAUAGGGAGAAAGAGACGACGAUCAGUCAUUAGCAAAUAUGGCAGGGGAAAAUCUGAAGGUGCUGAAUGCUCUGGAUUCGGCAAAAACACAAUGGUAUCACUUCACGGCGAUUAUCAUUGCCGGAAUGGGAUUCUUCACAGAUGCCUAUGAUCUCUUUUGUAUCUCCCUUGUCACCAAGAUGCUUGGCCGCAUCUACUACACCAAACCAGGCGCUCCCAAGCCCGGCAGUCUGCCUCCUGAUGUCUCUGCUGCUGUCAAUGGCGUGGCACUCUGUGGAACCCUAGCCGGCCAGCUCUUCUUUGGUUGGCUCGGGGACAAGCUGGGAAGGAAGAAGGUUUAUGGCAUAACCCUCAUGCUCAUGUGCCUCUGUUCAAUUGCUUCAGGCCUUUCCUUCGGUCACGAAGCAAAAUCAGUUAUGGCCACUCUUUGCUUCUUUCGCUUUUGGCUUGGAUUUGGCAUUGGCGGUGAUUAUCCUCUUUCCGCCACCAUUAUGUCUGAAUAUGCCAACAAGAAGACCCGCGGUGCCUUCAUUGCAGCAGUCUUUGCCAUGCAAGGCUUCGGCAUUUUGGGUGGAGGCGUUUUCGCCAUGAUAAUUUCGGCAGCUUUUGAUGCCAAAUACCCUGCUCCACCUUAUGAGGUGGAUCCGGUUGCUUCAACUAUCCCGCAAGCGGAUUAUGUGUGGAGGAUCAUCCUGAUGGCAGGCGCAAUGCCAGCACUACUUACUUUCUACUGGCGGUUGAAGAUGCCCGAAACUGCUCGUUACACCGCUCUUGUUGCCAAUGAUUUGAAGCAGGCUAAUGCAGAUAUGUCCAAAGUUUUGCAAGUCGACAUCGAGGCUGAGCCAGCCAAGGUGCAGCAGACAGCUGGAAGCCCGAGUAGCCCAUACGGUCUGCUGUCCAAGGAAUUUCUUACGCGUCAUGGGCUUCACUUGCUUGGUACAACGAGCACAUGGUUCUUGCUUGAUAUUGCAUUUUACAGCCAGAAUUUGUUCCAGAAGGACAUUUUUAGUGCAAUUGGAUGGAUCCCUGCAGCAAAGACUAUGAACUCAAUCAAUGAAGUGUUUACCAUUGCCAAGGCACAAACUCUUAUUGCUCUCUGCAGUACUGUGCCUGGCUACUGGUUCACAGUUGCCCUCAUCGAUAGAAUGGGAAGAUUUGCUAUUCAAUUGUUGGGUUUCACCAUGAUGACAGCUUUUAUGUUUGCUCUGGCCUUCCCCUACGACCACUGGACUCAACCAGGACACCAUAUCCCAUUUGUGGUGAUGUACUCGUUGACCUUCUUCUUUGCCAAUUUCGGUCCCAACGCCACCACUUUUGUUGUGCCAGCUGAGAUCUUCCCAGCUAGAUUUAGAUCAACUUGUCACGGAAUAUCAGCUGCAUCAGGGAAAUUGGGAGCAAUGGUGGGUGCUUUUGGAUUCCUAUAUUUGGCUCAGAGCCCGGAUAAGGCCAAGACUGAUGCAGGGUACCCACCGGGUAUUGGGGUGAAGAAUUCCCUCAUUCUGCUGGGAGCUGUUAACUUUUUGGGCUUCUUGUUUACCUUCUUGGUCCCAGAAUCCAAGGGGAAAUCGCUGGAGGAAAUGUCAGGUGAAAUCGGAGACAUGAAAGAGGGAGGAGAAGAAUUGGACCAUCCAGCUUCUUACAAUAACAGGACGGUUCCGGUGAUAUAAGUGCUGUUGUUCCCCGUCUGUUUAUUCUGUGGCCUCUUUACCGAAUAGUAGUUACUUUUGUUUUCUGAAUCUUUUACUUUUGAUGUAGUCCUUGGGAGAGGUUCGAGCUUUCGAAGUGUAAUAAGCAAGGAAGUAGCGGUUUGUACUUUGUCCCUCCUUUUUCUUUAAUACAAGUUUAGAGUAGUUUAUGGAGCUUAGAAUGGUAGGAUUAUGAAUCUUGUUCCCCAGAUUGAUCCCGUAACACUUGAUCAAUCAAAGUAAGAGUUGACAUAGCACUCACUAUUGCGAAUUGGCUCCAGCACUUUUGAUGGUU